CAACUCUCUGAUUCUCUCCUCUCCCUUUUGGGGUCCAACCAUUUGAUCAGCCUCUCUUGUUACAGCUCCAAGUGUACCGUUUCCGCCGUCACUGCCAGCAUGAGGACUUUCGCGAUUUUCUCCGGGUUGGUUCUGCUGUCCGCGCUGCUUCUCGCCACUAGCGCCGCGCCAGCUACUGCUGAGGCCACCACCGAUCGUCUCCCUGCUCUGGCGAGUGACAGGCGAAUUCUGAGCGACGACGAUGACGAGCCGUCGUGCAUCGAGAAGUACAAGAAGCGGUAUGUGCAGUGCGAGAAGAACGAGGACAAAUGCGAGGAGAUCGCAGAGGACGACGACGACAAGAAGAUCUGCGAAAAGAAGUCCAAGACGUGCGAAAUGAAGGCGUAUAGGAGUUACAAGGCGUGCAAGUACGGCAAGUGGGGGUGCAAGGACUGGUGCAAGUACUACAAGAAGCAGUGCUACGCCAAGAACAAGAGCAAGUGCGACGAGAAGUACGAAGACUGCAAGGAGGACUGCUCCUAGAUCGUCGACCAUCAAAAUCAUAGGACACGGAAUUUUGUGGCUUACAUGCCAGAAUUGGACGUCGGGCAGACGCUUUGGAAGUUCAUCGGAUUCAUGGGUCUGCAUGGGGUGUCAGGGUUCCUCUCGGUGAUCUGAACCAGAAUGUUGAGUUGAGAUCCGCUGGGUUAGGAUGGUGCAAAUGACAUGUACGCUUGAUCGGCUAAUAAAUGCGGAUUUGGGGAAAGAAGAUUUGUGGCCGAGAGCGUUUUCCCAAAAUCU